GACGAAUGAAUUUUGACGAGUGAACAUUACUUGAUUUCAUCCUCCCCAUCGUACGACAAUCUAACCCACAUUUUAGAAAAUCUUUAAUGCUUCACAGUUAUUCGAGCGUUUAUUUCCUGACGUAUGUUGUGUUUGUAUUUCUUUUCUGUUAAUAGAAUGGCAACAGGUAUGUUAGGCAAAAGAAAUGCGGUGUAUUAUAAAUACACCUCACCUCAUGGCUCAUAUAAAGAGGGCAUGUCCCUUACUAUAAAAGAGAUGUCCAUGCAGAUGGCAGAUGAUGAUGAGCGCCGGCGAAUGUAUGCCAUGUUGACUUGCAUCGUGACAGUUAUUUUUGAUCUGUUCCUUGGCACAGCAGCUUUUGUGUGUGCGGCCAUUACAGAUAGUUCAGCUGGGUAUGCAUUUGCGCUGGAUUGUUUACUAGACGUCGUUGCUGCCACUUUAGUGAUCUGGAGAUUUUACGGGUCUUCUUCCACUUACUCCCAGUUCAGAGAGAAUUUGGCUUGCAUUUGUCUAGGAGUUUUAUUCUGUUUAGCAUCUGCUGGAAUUGUUUCCAAAUCAGUUUAUGAUAUAGUGGCUCACACCGUUCCUCAACAGCUGAUGUAUGUGUUCAUCCUCGCUGGCGUGGGUGGAUUCACGAAUGCUGUCUUGGGAACGGUGAAAUAUAUACUGGGUAGAAAAAUGAGGAGUCCGUCCCUCGUUCUUGAAGCUGUAAAUACAAGUCUAAGCUCGGUGCUAGCGCUGAUGCUGGCCGUCAGCGACAUCUUAUAUUUUUAUCACCCAUCGGCAUGGAUGAUUGAUCCCAUCACAAGCUUGUUUGUGGCCUUGAUCUUAUUUAUUGGAGGCAUCAGAGUUUUAUGCCGCAAAGAACGUGUUGUGGAGACUACCCCGUUACUAGGCGGUGGUGCGGUGUGAACGACACGCCUCCAACUCUUGUAGAAACCUUCAUCCUUAGCUAGUAGAACUUCAGCUGCAGAGAGCACAGCACCCUUUGCACCCUCACCCUUCUAUGAAGGACAAGUGACUGGCCUUUGGGGCCAAGUGGUCAGAAUUGUCCGUAGAAGGUCGAGGCUGGCCGCAGAAGUAAAAUAAUCUCCAUCUUCCUGGUCUGGUCGGCAGAGUCUAGUCUUCUCCAGACUCUUCCCAGUUCGUGUUGUCCUUCUGUCAAUCUCCCCGUUUGGAUUAACAUUGUAUUCAGUUUGUUACUUUUAAAGUGUGAUAUAUUAUUGUGUAACGCUGAUGUAAAGUGUGUGCGACAAUAUGCUGUUUUUUAAUAUUCCGGUAACUGCAAAAUUGUUUUUGUUGAUGGAAAUUAAAGUGUUUUUAUUUUGUAUAGAACAUUGCAUUGCAUGAUUGUUGUUGUUGACAGAAAAUUAAAGUGCCUUUAUUUUGCACAGAA